GCUCUGACAUUCAAUACUACUUUGUUUUCUCAUCAAGUGGAAACUCCUGUCAAUCACUAGCUAAUUACUAUCUGUUUUGCAUUAUAUUAUUCAUCCAUGUAGCUGCUAUUGCUGCUUAUAAUUCAAUAUUGUUCCCUUGUUUUUCUUCAACCAUGGCUUUCUCUUCUUCCUGCUUUUGCCAUUCCAAGAUUGAUCACUUAGGGAAGAAAACAGUUUGGAAUGGUGCUGAGCUUUGUCAUAAACUCAUUGUGAGAAAUAGAAUCAACAUAAUGAAAGAUUGGAGUUUCAUAAGAGGAUCAAGAAUUCUUGGGAAACAAAAAGCUAUGAGAUUGUCAUCUUAUAGAAAAACAAGUCCAGUAUAUGCUUCAUUGUUAUCUGGAUCACAAAUUGCUAGCUCUGCCUUUACAAUAGGAACAACAGCAGUACUUCCAUUUUACACUCUCAUGGUUCUAGCUCCAAAUUCUGACCUAACAAAAAAAUCUAUGCAAAGUAAUGUCCCAUAUGCAAUACUUGGAAUAUUAUAUGCAUAUUUAUUGUAUCUUUCAUGGACUCCUGAGACAGUUGAACUGAUAUUUGCAAGUAAAUACUUACUACCAGAGCUAACUAGUAUAGGAAAAAUGUUCUCUAGUGAGAUGACUUUAGCCUCUGCCUGGAUUCACCUGCUUGUUAUUGACCUCUUUGCCGCAAGGCAGGUGUUUCUAGAUGGACAAGAGAAUGAAAUUGAGACAAGGCAUUCAGUUUCUCUUUGCUUGUUCUUUUGCCCUAUUGGAAUUCUUUCUCAUGCCAUAACCAAAGCAAUGACUGAAACUACCAAAGAAAACAAAUAGGGUUUAUAGAGGUUUCAUGGUUGAGCUUCUAUGGAGCCAAAUGAGAAUUUUAUUUCAAGUUUUAGAAUAUCAUAAAUUCAUGUAUGAGUGGAAAUUACUACUUACUAGUCCUAAAUGUCCUUGGAAGUUCUUUUUUACUCUAUCAAAAUGUUACAUUAUAAGUUGUUGGUUCUAUCACAA